GAAAAUUGCAGAAUGAGUCUUCUGACUAUCGGUCGAAGCACCACUGUAACUCCUCCUCCUGUCUCCAGUUUAGACUCCCCAAGAAAGAGUUCUCCCAUCAUGGUUCUUCCUGCCAGCAGAAAGUCCAGAAAGGGCCUCUCCACUCCAGGGAGUGACUGCUUGGCUUUGUUGUGGCCCACUACAGAUGAUGACAAAGGACAUUGUCUCUCUCCUGUUUCUCCCUCCAUAAAGACUCAUUUGGGUGGAACUCUGAUCGAAAGCUGUCAUGAGCACAAUGAUAUGAAGAUCCAGAGUCCACAUGGAGAGGGUUCAGUGUCUCUAGAUAAAACAACAGAAGUUUUGCUGUGUCCAUCUGGUAAAACUGUAGUGAGGUUGAAGGCUUCCAUGGAAGCUGUUCUGCCGUCUCCAUCUGAUAAAGGGUCACCAAGUAUGAUCAAGCAUCUCUCUCUUCCAUACAGUCCAAGCUCAAGCUCAAAGCCAUCUUCUCGCAGCUUCAUGGGGUCGGAUUCUUCUCCAUAUCCUCGGUUAGGAGGGAUUGGAAAUUCUUCGUUAAAUUUUCCAGGUCGCAGCCUUCUCUUUGAUUCCAGUGAAAAGCCUUCUAGCGUUAGUCAUCCACCAUCUGCUCUAUCAUCAAGUCCUAGUAGAGAAAUCAGCAGUGGAGGUGACACGCCAUUUUCAUCUCUUAAGAAGAAGGGUCCUCGCAGGCGAAAGAUAUCUGGAAAGGACAAGGGAACCAAGGUGAGGUUUGCAGGAGGAGCCACAGAGAUCUUGGAACAGGAUCAUCCAGAGGAUGAUCUAAUGAUGACUCAGAGUCGUUGUCCUUGCUUCAAAUGUUUCAUUAUCAUGUGUUUUGUGGUGCUUUCCUUAUCUGUAUUGUUCUACCUCAGCCUGUGGAUUGUUGCGCAGCACCGAGGUAGCCCUGUCAUUGUUGCUGGUGGAGAGAGUCUGCACUCCAUCCUUCAGUCGCAAGUUUUUGGACAAUCCAUUGUUGUUUCACAUCUACCGCAAUUGCUGUCAGGAAUCCUUUCAAAAGAUGUAAGGGAUAGGACACUGGUUCUGAUGUUUCAUGGCCAAUCUGGUGUAGGUAAAACAUUUGUGGCCGAGCUUAUCGGAAAUAAGAUGUUUCCGGAGGAAGCACAAUCCCAAUGCGUCUACAAGUUCCUUCCAUCUUUCCUGGAAGUCAGAGAACACCUUGUGACAGCAUAUGACUACUCCAUUGCCCUCGAGGAUUUCAUCGAUAAAGGAAAAUCCAACUACAGGACAUGUCCAGUGGGGUUGUACAUUAUCGAAGACAUAGACUAUGUAGGUUCUUCCAGCCUCUUGGAGGCAGUUGCAUUGACUUUACCUGGAAUUCGAACGAGACAGGCAGCGCAGGAGCAAAAAAUGAUUCUCUUUCUUAUGACCAAUCUGCAAAGUGAAGCCAUAGGAGACUACCUUCUGUCACAUUUAGAACGGGGCAAGAACAGAGAGGAUAUAACUCUGAAAGAACUUGAGCCAGUCAUGACUAAAGUACCUAUCACUCAAGAGUAUACAGCAGAGAGUGAAAAUUCUGAAGACCAUGAUGUCCAACGUCUCGAAGUCCACGACAAAUUAAUGGCAGUUGUGGAUCAUCACAUUCCAUUUCUCCCUUUAGAAAGAAAGCAUGUCAUCAUGUGUAUUCAGCAAACAUUAACCUGGAAGAAUGUGACUUUGAAUGAAAAUGAUGUUCAAUGGAUUGCUGAUAAACUUGUAUUUUACCCAGAAAAUAACCCAGUAUUCUCGAUGUCAGGAUGCAAGAAAGUAGAAGAAAAAGCAAAUCUGUUUUCAUAGUACUUGACAAAGUCCAUGUUUCAAAUUCAUGGUUGAUGAUUCCCAAUACACUAGGAAAAUUAGAAAGCACUGUAUUAAACUUUGAAACACAAAAUGACGAAAUAGGCAAGCUUUGACUGAUAAGUGUUGAGAAUCAUAUAUGCAAAUACAACUGAUAGUAGACAUGCUGAUGACAUUUGCACUCAUCCCAGGUUUUUUUUAAUAUUGUUGAUUAUUCAUUGAAAUAGGGUGUCUGGAAAGAAAAUGUUUUCUUAUUUUUCAAAAAAGAUAUCACUUUUUCUUUUCGGAUUUGAAGAGAAAUAACCUUCAGACUGAUAAAAGUGUAAAAUUUUAGGAAAAUCCAAUAAAUGGCUGCAAAAAAGAAGAAUGAAAUCAGGUCAAUUUUUAUCAUUUUCCUUUCAUAGACUGUGUAGUUUAAAAAUGGGACUGACUCAAAUCCAAAUUUUUAGCUUGAGUCUGAGAGCUAUUUCAAUUUUAUUCUUGAUGAAAAAAACUUGUCCAUAUAGUGCCUAAUAGGAAAUUUGAUGCUCUUUCUGAUGGUAUGAUUUUUAAAAAGGUUUGGAAAUCAGAUAUUGGUGAAAAAUUGUUGCAAAGUAGGGAAACAGCAAUCUCAACACACACAAAUAAGGGUUUGCGAUUUAUCUUUUAAUCCUUACAAUAUCAAAUGACCAUAUAAAUUUGUCCUUGGUGUCAAAAGAAGUCCCUGAAUUUUCUCUUUCUAUAACAUUAAAAAAAAAUAAAUUCAGAUCGCAUUUUUCUGGCAGGCUGAAUUCCUGGCAGGCGACAUUUCAGAAUAAAAUGUGGUAGAAUUUGAUGCUAAUAUUCAGACUUGGAAUAUCUUACUGUGUAAUGUUCUAAAUCAUUGUACGAAUACCUAUGUUCAAAUCUGUAACUAUGCUAUCAUCCUUAGAAUAAAAGCGAAUUUAAUAUCUAGUCGUAAUGACGUCAUAGCAGUCGUACGAUUGGCUAUGAUUUGAAACUAAUUUGGCCUUUACUCCAAAAUAAAGGCUUGCAAUCUUUCAAAAUGUUUAUAUUAGUAUUCUUUCAAUAAAUUUUAACCUCAAAUAAAAUGAUAUGUUCCAUUCACAUUUUCAGAAAAUGAGCAAAAUGCGAUUUGUUCCAAAAUCAGAUCGCGAACAGUCGUAAGGUGUGCGGUGGCCUUUACAGAUCGUUUUACUAGUUACGAGUUAUAAUGAACCAAUUUUUGUGUUGGAAAUUACAGCAUUAGAGAACCAGCAUUCAUACGGUUUCAAUGCAUCACACCCAAAUUUGAAGUGUUGAAGAAGUUUUUUUGGUAUUUGGAUGCUUGCACAAUGAAUUUUGCAAAAUUUUGUUGAGUAGUUGGCACGUGCAGAAACUUAUUCUUGGUCUAACAUGCAUUUUAUCUGCAUUAAGGUUCACAUACAGUAGUUCAUUGUAUGUAUGUUACUGAAUGUUGGAAAUGUCUGAUAGUGGUCAGACAUAUAGAACUGCUUUAUAUGAUUGAGUGAAAACUAUGUAAUGAAAUUUCUUUUCGGCCUUUUGAAGUGAGGCGUUCAAUUAUAAUGAAAAAUUAUAGUACCGGUAAACAUUUUGUUCUUCUCUGUAAAAAUGAGAUACAAUAGACUUUAAUUUGAUAAGAGUAAGAAGCUUGCGAUACCAUUGGUCAAAAGGUAUUGCAUACCGUUAGCUACAUUAAAUGUUGAUAUUUUGCUCCAUUGGUCAUUGGAAAAGAAUAGUGUGUAACCUAUAUCUAGAUGCACUUACAUUUAUGCAUCUCUGAGCCUUUGCAUUUAUUAUAGUCAUGGUGAUUUUGCUCAGUUUGUAGUACAUGCAAAAUAAAGCUGUCAGCUAUCAAGAAGAUUCAAGAUCAGGUCCCCGUUGCAUAAAAGUUACUAUUAUGGUAACUUUGCCAUCCAAUGGUAUCUACCAUGGUAAGAAGGCUCAUCAGCCAAUCAAAAUCAAGGAUUCCAUGAAAGAUUCCAUUGGAUGAGAAAGUUACCAUAAUGGAAACUUUUAUGCAACGGGGCAUAGACAUUUAAAAUGUGGCAUAUUAAUUGGAAAGAUAUUCUUUGGGCUAAAGUGCCUUGCUAGUGCUGUCAUUUAAAGAAAAUAUGAGUGUGCCUUGUUGAUAUUAAACCCAGGAUGGGGGAUUUAGCCAUAAUACAGAUGAUAAUUUCUUUGAGGACAGACAAAGGAGUUACCAGCACUCCUUGGACAGACAUGCAAUUUAUUGCGUACACACACACCGACUACUAUUUGUUGAAAUUAAAAGUAAAUGACCAGUAGCCAAGGGCCACCUAUGUGUCUUACACAUUAAUUCCCAUUGUUGGUCUAUGACUGUGAGGAUAAGUGGUGAAAAGGCGCAUUUGUGAUUUCUGCAUAUAUAUUACAUGUAUCUUUAAUUUUUGUAAGGUAUCUUACUGAUUCCUUGACAUUUGCUCCGCUAUAAAUUCCACAUAGUAAUUGAAUGACUAAUUUCCACCCUGUAUUUAUUACGAUUCCCUACCCUAUAAAUCCUUAUUGCAACCCCAACCCUACCCUAACCUGGUUUCUUUUCAGUUGGUCUUAUGACAAUUUCUCCAAUUACCAACUCGUCUACAAUCAUUUGGUCUACCAUCAGUUCGUCCACUAUUCACAUGGUCCAAUUGCCAUUUUCUCUAAUAACCAGUUGAUCCAGUAGCCAUUUAGUCCAUAUACCAUUUGGUCUAAUUGGACGAAGUGUUAAUUGGGUGAAAUGAAUGAAAAUUAAAUGGAUAUUAGACCAACUGGUUACGAGAUGAAAUUGUGAUUAGAUGAAGUGAAGAUUGGACCAAAUGUUUGUUACACAAAAUGUUGGAUAGAAUGGCAUUAGACUGGAGGUAGACCAUGUGAUGAGUAGACGAGUUGACAACAGAUGAAGUGGCAAUUUACCCCCUAACCCUUAGACGAAAUAAAGCCUGGAGCAAUUGUCGCAGGAGCAAAUGUCAUCACUGUCUUACCAUUGUGUCAAGUCACUGUCGCCAGACUUGACUCAACCAAGGAAGCGAGUUUGGACUGUAAUUAUUCAGGCUGUAUUUAUGAUUUGUAGAUAUAUAAUGUAUAUCAAAUGUUGAUUAAUAAAGCAAAGACUUCUAUGAAAAUCUG